AUGCCCACGGUGUUGAUGGUGGCCGAGAAGCCUUCCCUGGCUGAGUCUCUGGCCAAACUCCUCUCUCGAAAUGGUCAUUCUUCACGUCGUGGAAGCAAUGGGGCCUGCUCUAUUCAUGAAUGGAACGGAAAUUUUCGGGGCCAGCCCGUGCACUUCAAGAUGACAUCUGUCUGCGGCCACGUCAUGACCUUGGAUUUUGUAGGACGUUACAAUAAUUGGGAUGCUGUCGACCCAGUAAGUGAUAGGUUAUGGAAAAGAUCCUAA